GACUGAGCUUAGGGGUGUGUAGCUUUGUUCUCCCGCACCGCCGGAGGAAGAGCAGGAUCAACUGAACUACAGAAGGAGAGGCGGAUCUGAGCCGGUGUUCUGUCGAAUUGUCCUACCCAUCGAUAUAUGCUUCCCAAAGGGUUUCUUCUGAAAUUUAUCACCAACAACAACAAAGAUAUUUAACCGAGAGCAAUGUUAAGCUGCUGGAAGAGGUGAAGCACAAGACAUCCAAAUAAUCUCCAGUACGUCCAAAUAUUGUUUGUUACAUUUUACAGACAAAAAAGUCCCAGCAUGAAGAAACAUCACCACUCUGACAAGAGUUUUGCUGCACAGAGUGGUCUCAAAAAACAUCAGCGCAUUCACACAAGAGAGAAACCGUAUCACUGCUCAUACUGUGGGAAGAGUUUUACUACACAGAGUAAUCUCGAAAUUCACCAGCACAUUCACACAGGAAUAAAACCAUAUCAGUGCUUAGACUGUGGAAGCAGUUUUAAUCGACAGGAUAAUCUCCAACGCCACCAGCAGGUUCACACAGGAGAGAAGCCGUACCAAUGCCCAGACUGUGGGAAGAGUUUUACUACACAGAGUAAUCUCAAACUUCACCAGCAGAUUCACACAGGAGAAAAACUGUUUUAUUGCUCAGACUGUGGAAAGAGUUUUACUCGACAUGGUAGUUUCCAACGACACCAGCGCAUUCACAAAGGAGAGAAACCGUAUCACUGCUCAGACUGUGGGAAGAGUUUUACUUCUCAGAGUGAGCUCAAAAUUCACCAGCGCAUUCACAGAGGAGAAAAACCAUAUUACUGCUCAAACUGUGGGAAGAAUUUCACUCAACUGAAUCAUCUCAAACUGCACCAUCGCAUUCACACAGGAGAUAAACCGUAUCACUGCUCAGACUGUGGGAAGAGUUUUACUUCACAGGGUGCUCUUAAACUGCACCAGCACAUUCACACAGGACAGAAACCAUAUCACUGCUUAGACUGUGGGAAGAGUUUUAGUACACAGAGUGAUCUCAAAAUUCACCAGCGCAUUCACACUGGAGAGAAACCGUAUUACUGCUCAGACUGUGGGAAGAGUUUUACUUUAAAGAGUACUCUCAAUAAACACCAGCGCAUUCACACAGGAGAGAAACCGUAUCAGUGCUUAGACUGUGGGAGGAGUUUUACACAAAAAAGUUCUCUCAAACAACACCAGCACAUUCACACAGGACAGUAACCGUAUCACUGCUCAGAGUCUGAGUUGUAUGAUCUUUGUUCUCUUUUUUAACUGUCACAAUGACACAAGGGUUUGGAGGUUGUUUGUACUUUUUCAGGAAUCAGGAAAGUCGGAGUAUUUUCAUUAACGAGUGAUUAGGAGAACGUGACCCUGAGUGUCAGAGAAGCAUCUCAGCUGUUCUGGAACCAGUGUUUAUGAACUAGGAGACAACAAACUCUCUGAGUGAAGUGCUGGGAACCUCUCCUCAGAUAGCCAGCGCAAGCCUGUUCUACAUGGCGUUAAGUCGUACACAGGACAGAAGAUCUUUCAAUCCACUCUUCUCUUUCAUUUUGUCAGAGACUUUAGGGUUUUUAUGGACUGUUUGACCCGUAUGUGAUACACAAGGACUGUUUGCUGUGUUCAUGAAGGACACGGUGCUGAACAACACCAUGAUAAGAACUUGUUACUCAGACAGGCUGGAGCUGAUCACGUCAUCAGAGCUGGACAACAAACUGUUAACUAGACACUGCUGACAUAGAUAUAUUGAUAGAUUAUAUCCAAUUGCAUUGGAUCCUAUUGAUUUACGUUUCAUUUGCAUAAAUGUAAAACUGCUUGGAUAAAGAUGAUGUUGAGUUAGUUGAGGAGACGCCCAAGGCUCCUCACCCACUUCACCUGUCUCUCUCGCUCGCUCUCUUUCUCUCUCUCACUUUCUCUCUCUCUCUCUCUCACUCUCUCUCAGUUGUGAAUGUGUUAACCUAUCAAGAUUUAAUUAUACUAUUUGUUGUCUCGUUGAUGUACUUUUACUCUUCUAAUGAAUCAGUUCAUUUAUUUUCUUUUUAUAUAUCUGUAAUGCUGAAAAAAGUUCUCCAGUAAACUCUAGAUUUUUAAUUAUAAACAUUGACUCAAUGGUCAUCUUUUCAAGUUCUAGGUUCUCACAUCCGAGUUUUAUCCAAGUUAUGCUUUAAUGAAAUACCUUACACUAUAUAGACUACUCUCAUAUUACUCAUAUUAUUAUUGUGAGAA